AUGUCUUCCGAACAUAUCGCUAUCCAUCUUCAACAGCGCCCCGAGACAAAUAUUGUUCCAGGGGAGACAUUUGCUGUACAAAAGCAUACAACUCCGACUUCAGCAGAGCUUCAAGAUGGAGAUGUUGUCUUCGAAAGCCUUUAUCUAAGCCUGGAUCCCGCGAUGCGAGGGUGGUUGGACGAUCGUCCAUCAUACCUCCCCCCAGUUGCAAUCGGCGAAAUCAUGCGCGGCUAUGCUUUGGGCCGCGUAACUGCCUCAAAAUCAGAGAAGUUUCCAGUUGGCUCCUAUGGCGUCGGUAUGGUAGGCUGGACUGAGCAGGCAAUUAUCAACGAAAGCGCUCUGGAAGCCGUGGCUACGCCUGAUCCUGCGGAUGGAGGUCGCUUGACCGAUGUUCUAAGCGUCCUUGGCAUGACAGGAGUCACUGCAUACUGGGGUAUGGUCGAAGUCGGCCGUGUCAAGGCCGGGGACUUUGUUGUCGUCUCCGGAGCAGCAGGAGCAACGGGGUCUAUUGCUGGACAGAUUGCAAAGAUCCACGGUGCCACGGUGUACGGAAUUGCAGGUUCAGACGAGAAGUGUCGUUGGUUGGUUGAUGACCUCAAGUUUGACGGGGCGUUGAACUACAAGAGUGAAGAUUUCGCCGAAAAGUUCCAAGGUUUGACGCAAGGAAAGAUUGAUCUCUUUUAUGAUAAUGUCGGAGGAGAAGUUCUCGACUUAGCCCUCCUCUGCGCCAACAAGAAUGCUCGAUUUGUCAUGUGCGGUGGGGUCAGUCAGUACAAUGAACAAGAGGUUCAAGGGCCAAAGAACUACAUGAUGAUCUGGAGAAUGCGGAUUCGCAUGGAAGGCUUUAUCGUCUUUGAUCAUAUGGAUAAGAUACCCGAAGUCAGAGGGAAGCUUGGCCAGUGGCUUGCGGAAGGUCAGUUGCAACGGAGAGAAACCAUUGUGCGUGGUGGGUUAUUGCAAGCAGAAACCGCCUUGACGCAACUGUAUCAUGGAAUGAACACAGGAAAACUACUUGUCGAGGUUAAAGCUGCUUGA